AGUCGACGUCGAUCGAUUAACCGACCGCUCGUUGCAGCUUUACGUUACUCAUAAUUAAUUUGGACCGUAGAACAACAAGCGAGAGAGCGAGGGUUCAAUCCAGCCCUCGGUGGAUAAUGUGUCACUUCUAAACGGCCCGGUUACACCACCCGUGGCCCAUGUUAAUCUUUACUCUGGUCGUAUGAUUUAUGCGAGGGGCUCGGGUUGCGACCAAAUGGCUGGAGCGUCAUGUUUUAAUGCAGCGGUGGGAGGACGCACACAAACGCGGGAGGUCCGGCAGUGCCACCAAGUGGUUGUUGGUGUUUGAUGGUGAGCUAGAAGGAUCCUUUCUUCCCCCCCCAAAAAAACCAAAAAAAACCCCCCAAAAACAAAAAAACAAAACAAAACUGCGGAGACUCUGACGGGAGAAGAAGAAGUGAAGUUUCCUCGUAUCAGCUGUUAACUUUCGCUGGAUUAUAACUUUGUACUUUUGUCUAUUUUUUUAUUUUAUUUUUUUAGAGAGGGGGGGGGUGGAGGAUUUUGGACUCCGGGUUCGGAACCCCACAAAAACCCGAGAGAGCAACCUUGGUUUUCCAGUUCCAGGGACACCUUUGCGUUUCUGACAUGCCCCUAAACCGCAUCGUUGCUGUGCUCAUCGUGUCCUUCGCAGCUGGCUCUGGCACCACAGUACUUGACGGCCACAAUGAAUUUACAGAGCAAGACUACACUCCUCAACUGGACUACAAAAACCCUCACUGGUGUCAUUCUGUGAGGCUGACCAAUGGCGAGGUGAGCUGCCACUCUCCUCAAGGCAGGGCCUACAGGAGCACGUUGGGCACCCGCUGCGAGAUGAGCUGCGACCGAGGGUACCGACUGAUGGGGAAGAGUUCGAUUCAGUGCCUUGCCAGCCGCCGCUGGUCUGGGACCUCUUACUGCCGCAAGAUGCGUUGCCAUGUGCUGCCCCUCAUCCCACACGGCAGAUACACCUGCACUCAAGGCUUUGUGGUAGACUCCAGGUGUGACUUCACCUGCGACCCCGGCUAUCGCAUUGAGGGGGAACACUCACGCACCUGUCAGGACAGGGGGUCGUGGAGCGGAGCGCAGCCAGUUUGUUCCGAUACUGAUCCUCCAAAGAUCAAGUGUCCUCCGUCCAGACUCAAGGUCGCCGAGCCCGGAAAACUCACUGCCAGGGUAACCUGGGACCCCCCCGCUGCUACAGAUACUGCUGAUAAAUCGCUCAAUGUAAUAUUAGUGGGCCAGGAGCCAGGUACUGACUUUAAUGAAGGACCAAAUAUUAUCCGAUACAAAGUGUACGAUCACGCCAGGAACAGAGCUGCCUGCAAGUUUAUUGUCCGUGUUGAGGUGCGGAGAUGUGUACAACUAUCUCCGCCUCUGCACGGCUACCUCACCUGCUCCUCUGAUGGCAAUAACUACGGUGCGACAUGUGAAUACCACUGUGAUGGGGGAUAUGAGCGGCAGGGGGUAUCUAGUCGUGUCUGCCAGUUCAACCGCAACUGGGACGCACGCCCUGCUGAGUGUGUUUCAAUGGAGAUUAAAUCAGAUGUGAAGACAGCCUCGGAUCUCCUGGAUCAGUUCUACGAAAAGAGGAGGCUGCUGAUCAUGUCUGCACCCAACAUAUCUGACCCUGACUACCGACUGCAGAACGUCAUGAUACAAAAAGCAGACUGUGGAUUAGACCUGCGACAUGUGACCGUGAUCGAGCUCCUGGGCUCCCCGCCUCGCGAGACAGGCCGCAUUAAAGAGAGUCUGCUUGGCUCUGCAGUCAUUGAGGGUUUGAGACAAGCAUUCAGAAUCUCCAGAUCCUACUUCAGCAUUGUGCUACUUGACAAGCUGGGACUGGACCGAGAGCGCUUCAUUGCCCCGAUGGCUUCAGAUGAGCUGUUCUCCUACAUCGACAGCUUCCUGCUGGAUGAAGAGGAACGAGAGAGGCUCGAGCUCCACAGAGACUUCUGUGAUUAAUUUAAUAAACCCCUUUGGUUGCCACA